GAAAGCGGCGCGCGUCCUGUUGCAGUCUGGAAGCGACGGGGGGAGGGUGCUGUUUGGCGCAGUACGAAUCGUGGGCGGCUGUCUGCUUUCUUUCAAUCCUAUCUUCCACAAGCGAGGUUUGUUUUCUGGUUUUUAAUAAGGUGUGUUAUAUCUCGCCUUUUUAUAGAUCGGAGUUUCUUUAUUGGGAUUCAUAGGCAGGAAUAUAAUUGCACGAUGAGUUCGAUCAAUGUGAAAAAGCUGAAAGUAAACGAGCUGAAGGACGAGCUCAAAAAACGGCAGCUUUCCGACAAGGGGCUGAAGGCCGAGCUGAUGGACCGGCUGCAGGCCGCGCUCGACGAGGAGGCCAAAGCCGGGGGCGAUUUCCCCGGGCCCGGGACUGAGGAGAAUGGCGCCGAGGCUGGAUACGACGACAGCGCAGCUCCCGUUGACGAAAUGGUCGAGGAGUUGGAGGAAGACGUAGCCGGGGAGAGCAUGGAGGCCGAUGCGUUGGAGGAGGAAGGAGACGGGGGCGAAGCGGAGGCCGAUGACAACGUGGAGGGAGGCUGCGGAGACGCCGCCGAGCAGCAGGACGACGAGAUGGGCGACGAGGAUGAGGACGUCGGGGAGGAGAUGGACAAGCUGAACGAAGACGAGGAUGCCCUGCUCAAGGAGGACGACGAGGACAUGGACAAGCUGGACGACGAUGACGGUCUUGCCGAGUCCCAGCCGGCCGAAGGGGAUGCCGACAAAGACAAGAAUGCUGAACAGAAGAAUAAGAAGGGUGUUAAGAGACGUCGGGAGGAACAUGGAAGGGGCUACUUUGAAUUUAUUGAAGAAAGCAAAUACAGCCGGGCUAAGUCUCCACAGCCCCCCUUGGAGGAGGAAGAUGAGGAGUUUGAUGACACCACUGUCUGUCUUGACACUUACAACAGCGAUUUGCACUUCAAAGUCUCUCGGGACCGAUACAGCGCCUCUUCUCUCACUAUGGAAAGUUUCGCGUACCUGUGGGCUGGGGGCAGGGCUACGUACGGAGUGGCUAAGGGCAAGGCCUGUUUUGAAAUGAAGAUAACUGAGAAGAUUCCUGUGAAACACGUGUCCAGCAAAGGCAUUGAGAUCCACGAGGUCCAGGUGGGCUGGUCCUUGGCCAGUGGCAGCUUACUGUUGGGGGAGGAAGAGCAUUCGUAUGCCUUCUCCGUCAAGGCCAAGAAAACCGCUAACUGCGUGACAGAAGAUUACGGAGAGAAUUACGAUGAGAAUGACGUCAUCGGUUGCUUUGCUAACUUCGAGGGGAGUGAGGUGGAGCUGUCCUUCUCCAAGAACGGCCGGGACCUGGGCGUGGCCUUCAAGGUCAGCAAGGACGAGCUGGAGGGCCGUCCCCUCUACCCCCACGUUCUGUGUCACAACUGCGCUGUGGAAUUCAACUUCGGCCAGCGGGAAACACCUUUCUUCCCGCCGCUGGAGGGCUUCACCUUCUUGCAAAAGGUCCCCGUGGAGGACAGGGUGCGGGGGCCCAAGGGCCCGGAAAACAAGGCUGACUGUGAGGUGAUUGUCAUGGUUGGCCUUCCUGGAGCUGGUAAGACCGCUUGGGUCAAGAAGCAUAUUGAGGAGAACCCUGGGAAAUACAAUGUCCUGGGCACCAACACUAUCUUGGAGAAGAUGAUGAUCUCGAGCUUAAAGCGACAGAUGAAGGACACCACCAAGCUGACUGCCAUCUCCCAGCGCGCUCCUCUCUUCCUGGGCAAGUUCAUCGAGAUUGCAGCUCGCAAGAAAAGGAACUACAUCCUGGACCAGACUAACGUGUCGGCUCCAGCCCAGAGGAGGAAAAUGUGCCUCUUCGCAGGCUUCCAGCGCAAAGCUGUGGUGGUCUGCCCCACAGAUGAGGACUACAAGCAGAGGACACAGAAGAAAGCCGAGUCGGAUGGCAAAGACGUCCCAGAACACGCCGUUCUCAAAAUGAAAGGUAUCUUCACCCUGCCGGAGGAGAGCGACUGUUUCUCGGAAGUCACCUACGUGGAGCUGCAGAAGGAGGAGGCCACCAAGCUGCUAGAGCAGUACAAGGAGGAGAGCAAGAACGCCCUGCCCCCUGAGAAGAAGCCUAACCAGGGGGGUCCCUCCUCCAAGAAGGGAGGCAACCGGGGCCGAGGUGCCAAGAAUCCAUUCAACCGUGGCGGUGGACCAGGCCAGAGGGGGGGCAGGGGAGGCUUCCAGAACAGAGGCAACUUCAGGGGAGUACCCGGACUCAGGGGUGGAUUUGUCAGGCCUCCUCGAGGUUUCCUGCCACCACCUGCUUUCAGAGGGGGCUUUGCUAACCGCGGAGCCUUCAACCGAGGCGGUGGCCCCCCUAGUCGUGGUGGGGCUCCCAGAGGAGGCGCUAUGAACAGGGGCAACAUGGUCCCCAGAGGCGGCUCUAUGAGCAGGGGAAACAUGGCACGCGGAGGUGGUAACAACAGAGGCAACUUCAACCAGCCGAAGUUCCGGGGCCGAGGUGGGAACAACCGUGGCUUCAAGGACGGCAACUUUGGUAUGAACAAAGCGCAGGCGUUCAACCAGAGCUGGCAACAAGGGUUCUGGAACCAGAAGCCCUGGAGCCAGCAGUAUCAUCCAGGAUAUUACUGACCAAUAGCAGAAGAAUGGACUGUGGCACACUGACACCCUCUCCACACACACACACUUUCUGUGGACACCUACAUUUAUUGUUUUUUUUUUCUCCCAUUUUUUGUUUCCCAGCUUUUAACAAAGACAUUCCACAUCUUAGGAGAAGUGCCUGGGGGAUCUUGCAGCUUCAUGGUUUCAUCUUUUCUUUUUUUUUGUGUAUAUUGGUUGUUUUAAGUCCCUUGCUUUAACUUGCCAGGAACCUCAGCAUUGAUUCAGGGUGGGAUGUUUUCAGAGAAUUUCAGGGUUCUGCAUUUUAUCUGUACAAUGUGAUUUUUACUGAAGUAUAAUUUUUUUUUUGCAUAGUAUCGGUUGUCCUUAUUAGUGUAAACUUUCAACGCUUACAAAUCAGGAGUAGCUAUUGCUCCUUUUAGAAGCAUGUUGCCAUUGUAAUAAAUUGUAUUGGUAGUCUUGCAGCAUCAAAUGUGUUUCAAAUAGGUGAACCUGUGACGGUUAAGCUUUCCACGCCCCUAUCCCCUUAACUUGUUGGUUAAAGACAUAAACCCUGUAAUAGCUAACAAUAGGCUAACAAUAAACGGGUUCUUUGCUUUUUUUAA